GGUGUUUGCUUUUCUCCCGGAUCCGAUCCGGAUGAAGGGGUUGUCCUGCCCGUGCCCUGCCCUGCCCCAGUUUGGGCAGCCGGAGCCUCGCUUCAUGGCUCAGGGCUCCGGGACUCCGGCACAGGGGCAAGGGCCCCCUCUCAACGCCCAGGUGCUGCGGGCCCAGUACGAAGGCUUGCGGAGGCUGCAGAGGACCCAGGCCCACCUCAUGGUGCUCCCAAUAGGAGGGAACACGCCUACUCCUGCUGAAUCCAUGACCAGUGCUGUUUGGAUUAACAAGGAGAGAAGGAGCUCAGUGUCUCUGGAAGAGGGAGAUGCUGAGGUAGAGGGGAUGCCAGACGAGGCGGCCAGAGGCCAUCAUCAGGCCCCGGGGUCUGCAUGGCACACGCACCUGGAGCUGCAUCGCUUGGUCCAAACCUCGUACCAGGAAACCGAUCAUCAAGUAAAACCCAGAGGCCAGCUGCUGGAGUCUCACCGAAGGCUCCCUCCAGACGGAGACCCAUGCUUGCUUGAAGACAGUCAGAUGAGUCAGCAAGGAACCCAGACUCCAGAGGGAGCCCAAUGUCAAUGUCAGGUGGGCAGUACCCAAACUAAGGCAGCGGGUUGCAGCUCAAAAACCAGCAUUCAGUGUCUUCCUUCCAUAGGGAACUCACACAGGUCUGGCAAAGCAGCUCAUUAUCCAUUUCCACAGAGGAAAACUCCCAGGAUCUCCCAAGCUGCCCGGAACCUGGGCUUGUAUGGCCCAGUCUGAAGCUCUCUACUCAGCCAGAUGUCCCAGCCUUGUGAUCAUCACAGAACCAUGGAGGUUCUAGCUCUGAGCAAGAAACAGUCUACUGGUCUACUGAAAGUAUAGGAAUUCUGAGAAAUGAACGUGUGGGAACAUGGCCUUAUCUUAGAGGAGAGAGAUUGCCAACGUCAGAUUGCUCACCGUUUACAAUGAAAGGGUGCUGCCUGGCCAGUGCAGACCAAUUCUGCCUCAAACAAAGCCUUUGCCAUGGAGCCCUGGAUGCCCACACCUUGGGGAGGCCAACAGCACAUCUGCUUUGUCUCUAGGCCUGGAGAAUCUUCAAACGCCAAGCAGGGAACCUAACCUGUGGGGUGCCUCAGUGAUGCCCAGGGACACAGGCAAUCUUAUUUUCAGUGUCUUCUGAUUUGUCACAUAUGCUGGAGACGUUGAGCUCAGAAUUCACAGCUUUUUCUGGUCACGAUGCCCGGAGGAUACUUCACUCAGUAGUCACUACAUUGGUCGUGACCACGUCGUUUCAUCUAGAGCCUCCUAAAAUGUGGUCACCCUGGAGAAGGAGGGUCAGAUCCUUGCCACCUACCAUUUUGUGUUGAAGGCAUCUUCAGGCAAGGCUGGCUGUCACCUGUCACCAAGGCUGCAGACCCCAGCCUCAUCAUAGAUGUUUUCUCCCUCCCUCCUGUCUCCCUCUCUCUUUUCCUCUCUCCCUCCCUCCCUUCCUUCCUUCCUUCCACCUUUCUUCUCUUGCUCUCUUUCUGCAAAUUCACUUCUUAUUGUAAACUGCCAGUCAUUGAAGCUAUAUAAUGAUAAGAGACUAAAAAACACAGAGAAAUACUCCUGCUUGGAAAAUACGUGUUCCCCACAGACUUGCCCCCGUUCGGCUUGAUUCGUAUCACUCAGACCCUGCCUGGGAUCAAAGACAUAUGUUUUAACCUAAGACUAAGUGAAGCAGAUGUUCUUUGGGUGAUGAGGAAGAAAGUGUAUCUUUCCUUUCUAAUGUUUAACUUCAGCAGUGAUAUUGAAACACGCGCAAGCCUUUUUAUGCGUAUCUGUUUCUCUUUCUGUAAAGUUUCAACCACAUCUUCCUUUUCGUCACAUGGCGGUUCAGUCUUACCCACCCAUAUCCAGAGAUGUUAACUAGGAAUGUUUGUUAUCUGUGAACAAUGUGUAUGCGCCUGCACCUGGACCGCUCAAUUCAAUCUGCAGAUUGAUUGUGAUUCCUGUCAUGAAUAAUUAAUGUUUCAGUUGUUUUUAUCUACAUUGAAAAUCAAGGACAGUUUCUGAAAA